CCAAUUCCUCCGAAAAUCUUGGUCUGCUGCCCCUCUUCACCAGCCGGUGUCCUGUGUUUGCCCGCUCAACAUUUGUCUGCCAACAGGAAGCCCUUUCUUGCCCCCGACCGAAGUUCUCUGAGGCCAGCUGUGGCCGUGAAGGUGCAGGGCAUUCAGGCAGGCCAGCCGGAUGAGUGGGGAGUGGGGGCACCGGGGCCAGACCCUGAUUUGGGUUGUUUGGGUCCUUACAGCUGCCACCAAAGGGCCAGCCACGGACGCACCAGUGAGGAGCACCACGCUGGGGUGGGUCCGGGGGAAGCAAGCCACUGUGCUGGGAAGCACCAUGCCUGUGAACGUGUUCCUCGGGAUCCCCUAUGCUGUGCCCCCUGUAGGACCCCUGCGAUUUAAGAAACCAAAGCCUGCCUUGCCCUGGAAUGACUUCCGAGAUGCCACGUCCUACCCUAAAUUGUGCCUCCAGAACUCAGAGUGGCUGCUCUCAGAUCAACACUUUCUCAAGGUGCAUUACCCCAAAUUGGAAGUGUCUGAAGACUGCUUGUACCUUAACAUCUAUGCGCCAGCCCAUGCGAACAAGGGCUCCAAGCUCCCUGUCAUGGUGUGGCUCCCUGGGGGCGCCUUCGAGACUGGCUCAGCCUCCAUCUUUGACGGGUCUGCCCUGGCUGCCUACGAGGACGUGCUAAUUGUAACGACCCAGUACCGGCUAGGAAUAUUGGGUUUCUUCAACACAGGGGACCAGCAUGCUCCAGGGAACUGGGCCUUCCUGGACCAGAUGGCCGCCUUAACCUGGGUCCAGGAGAACAUCGAGUUCUUCGGUGGGGACCCACGCUCUGUGACCCUCUUUGGCGAGUCAGCAGGAGCCAUAAGUGUUUCCAGCCUUAUUCUGUCCCCCAUGGCCAAUGGCUUAUUCCACAGAGCCAUCAUGGAGAGUGGGGUGGCCAUCAUCCCUUUCCUGAGGGCCCCUGACGAUGAGAGGAAUGAAGAUUUGCAGGUGGUCGCACGCAUCUGUGGCUCCAACGCGAUGGACUCAGAGGCCUUGCUGCAGUGCCUGAGGGCAAAAUCCCCCACGGAGCUGCUGGACAUCAACAAGAAAACCAAGUCUUUCACUCGAGUGGUUGAUGGUUUUUUCUUUCCUGAUGAGCCUCUAGACCUACUGACCGAAAAAACAUUUAAUCCAAUUCCUUCUGUCAUUGGAGUCAAUAACCACGAGUGUGGCUUCCUGCUGCCCAAGAAGGAAUUUCCCGAGAUCCUCGGGGGCUCCAACAAGUCUCUCGCCCUGCACUUGCUGCACACAGUCCUGCGCAUCCCCAACCAGUAUUUAUACCUUGUGGCUGAUCAAUACUUCUCCAACAAGCACUCCCCAGCUGAGAUACGAGAUAGUUUUCUGGACUUGCUUGGAGAUGUGUUCUUUGUGGUCCCUGGGCUGGUCACAGCUCGAUAUCACAGAGAUGCUGGCGCACCUGUCUACUUCUACGAGUUUCAACACGGGCCCCAGUGCUUAAAGGACAGAAGGCCGGCUUUCGUCAAAGCCGAUCACUCUGAUGAAAUCCGCUUCGUCUUUGGAGGUGCCUUCCUCAAAGGCGACGUCGUCAUGUUCGAAGGAGCCACGGAGAAGGAGAAAUUGCUGAGCAGGAAGAUGAUGAGGUACUGGGCCAACUUUGCGCGGACCGGGGACCCUAACGGGGAAGGCCUGCCGCUGUGGCCAGCCUACAGUCAGAGCGAGCAGUACCUGAAGCUGGACUUGAAUCCCCUCCAGAGAAAAAGAACGCAAAGGGGAAGAGGAGGAGGAGAAGGGGGAAGAAUUCUGGCAACACUGGAGCUGCGUUCCGGCCUGGUAACCAGGGCUUCUGAUAGCCCAUACAUCACCUUCGUACAAAUUAGAAAGUAUCCUUUCUUCAAAACCUUCUACAGGCAUCUUCCAGGAAAUCGUCAUCUCAUCAUUGAUAGAGAUCUACAUCUGUGAUGUGAACAGUACCUCCUCUGGAGUAGUGCUCUUGUGCAGUACACAACCUGCACAAUUGUUCUCAGUGACCCUGAUGGAACAACCUGUAGGAACUGAGUAGUGGCCACCCCUUUACCUUUUUUCACAGUCUCACUAUUCCCCUUUGUGGGAAAGAUUUGGUUUGUCUCCAGAGUUUUGUUGGAUUUGAUUUGAUUUAGUGAUUCAGGUCUAAGAUUGUAAGGGCGGGGGGAAGAUUUUCUUUAAAAGUGAAGUUAUUUAAUUUGUCUUGUGCCUGGGUCCAUUUCACUCAUUGAUAUUACCUGACUCCCAAAGAUGUUAAGGUUUGGACCCCUGGCCUCUCAUUUUAUGGAAACCUAUGGAGAUGUGAAAGAAUUCACUGAAAAUCACUCAGUGAAUUAGUAGCAAGUCAAAACCAGACCUCGAAUCUCUGUCUUUCCAGAUCAGGACUCUUUCUGCCAUGCUCCCUGUCUCCCUCAGCGUAGGGUCCAAAUCUGUUGGAGUGUCUCUGGCUUUGGUGGUUGCGGAAGGGCGCUGAUCAAUAGUACUUGGGGCAUUUUCUGGCUCUAGGAAGAGGAACCAAGCCACACACAAGCAAGCUGGAAAUUCAGUUGCCUCUGCAGCUGCAGAAGGCUAAUUUCUACACUGAUAUUUGGCUAAACUAACAGCUAGAAAACACCACUCAACUCAUUUUUUAAAAUACUAUCAUAUUAAAUGACAUUACACUUAUUUAUAUACUGCACGCAGUCCCGGCAUCCUCAAAUACAGUUCUAAUUUUGGUAGGUGUCUUGCAAGAGGGAGCAUAUUUCCAACGCAUCUAGAUACAGGGCCCUCUUGCCUUAUUCCUGUCCACGUGCCAUCAGAUGUUGUAUUGGGUUAAAGCUGAAAUAUAAAUGCUAUUUGGCAUCCUGCUUUUUUUUUUUUCCAUUUAAUUCAGGGUUUCUUAUCAGAGGUGUAAGUAGAGGAAUCACCCCAGAGGGCUUUUCCAAAAUUCCACUGCUCAAGCCGCUCCCCAGUCCAACCAAACCAGAAACUUUUUGGGUGGGACCUAGAAACAUAUGUUUUCCCUUUUUAGGCAUUAGAUGCUCCCCCCCCCGAUUAAGAAGUGCUGAGUAGUCACAGCAUGAUAUAUGCAUUCCAAGUUGCUGGAGGAUCUUCAGAGAAUCAGCUUUUCAUAUCUGUCUGAUGUAGAUGUAUCCCCAUCUCCAGCCAGUAGCCUGCUCCUGGGACAUUUAUGGAUAGAAUUUGAUGAGCAGCUUUGGGAAUGAGUACUUUUACUUUGUAAAAUUAUUCCUGCCAUCUGGAUCUGCAGAAGAUGGACCCAGUCACAGACCAUGCCCUUUUUAAAUUGCCCUUAAAAAAAACCCCAAACUUUAUUUAUUUAUUUAUCUGCAUGCGCGCGC